CUCCCCGUCUCUCUGCGGUUUCUGCAGACCCGCAGCGGCUGCCGCGGGAGACCCCAGCUGCGGCGUCCGGUGAGUGCGCGGCGGACGGCGCCGAGGCCCGAGGCGAGACAUGCCGUCUUCUGUGGACGCGCUGAGUCCGGCCAGGCCCCUGCCUCCGGGCCUGGCCCCGAUGUCCUGCUGCUGGUCCACUGAGACCAUGCAGAAGUGGUUGCCCUUCCUGGCCUGGCUGCCCAACUACACCUGGUACGCGCUGAAGAUGGACUUCCUCGCCGGGAUCUCAGUUGGGCUCACGGUCAUCCCCCAGGCCUUGGCCUAUGCUGAGGUGGCUGGACUCCCUCCCCAGUACGGCCUCUACUCUGCCUUCAUGGGGUGCUUCGUCUACUUCUUUCUGGGCACCUCCCGAGAUGUGACUCUGGGCCCCACCGCUAUCAUGUCCCUCCUGGUCUCCUUCUACACCUUCGGCAAGCCCGCCUACGCUGUGCUGCUGGCCUUCCUGUCAGGCUGCAUCCAGUUAGGCAUGGGGUUUCUGCGCUUGGGGUUACUGCUGGACUUCAUCUCCUGCCCUGUCAUCAAAGGUUUCACCUCGGCUGCCGCCAUCACCAUCAGCUUUGGACAGAUCAAGAACCUGUUGGGAUUGCAGCACAUCCCCAGACAGUUUUUCCUGCAAGUGUAUUACAUCUUUCGCAACAUCGGAGAGACCAGGGUGGGCGAUGUGGUGCUGGGGCUGGUCUGCAUGCUGCUGCUGCUGGUGCUGAAGCUGAUGCGGGACCACGUGCCUCCCGUCCACCCCGAGAUGCCCCCCGGCGUGCGGCUCAGUCACGGGCUGGUUUGGACUGCCACGACAGCUCGCAACGCCCUAGUUGUGUCCUUUGCUGCCCUGGUCGCGUACUCCUUCGAGGUGACUGGAUACCAGCCCUUCGUUCUAACUGGGAAGACACCCGAGGGGCUGCCUGAACCCCACGUCCCUCCCUUCUCAGUGACCACCACCAACGGGACAGUCUCCUUCACCGAGAUGGUGCAGGGCAUGGGGGCCGGACUGGCCGUGGUACCCCUGGUGGGUCUCCUGGAGAGCAUCGCAGUGGCCAAAUCCUUUGCCUCUCAAAAUAACUACCGUGUUGACGCCAACCAGGAGCUGCUGGCCAUCGGCCUGACCAACAUCCUGGGCUCCAUCUUCUCUUCCUUCCCCGUCACGGGCAGCUUUGGACGGACAGCUCUGAAUGCCCAGUCGGGGGUGUGCACCCCUGCAGGGGGCCUGAUGACGGGAACCCUGGUGCUGCUGUCGCUCGACUACCUGACCUCGUUCUUCUACUACAUCCCCAAGUCCGCCCUGGCCGCCGUCAUCAUCAUGGCCGUGGUCCCCCUGUUCGAUACCAAGAUCGUCCGGACGCUGUGGCGCGUGAAGAGGCUGGACUUGCUGCCCCUCUGCGUGACCUUCCUGCUCUGCUUCUGGGAAGUCCAGUACGGCAUCCUGGCCGGGACCCUGGUGUCUGUGCUGAUUGUCCUGCACUCCGUGGCCAGACCCAAGAUACAGGUGUCGGAGGGACAGGUGCUGAUCCUGCAGCCGGCUGGUGGCCUGCACUUCCCUGCGAUCGACAACCUCCGGGAGGACAUACUGAACCGGGCUUUGGGAACCUCCCCGCCACGCUGCGCCAUCCUGGACUGCACCCACGUCUUCAGCAUCGACUACACCGUGGUGCAGGGGCUUGGGGAACUCAUGGAGGACUUCCACAAGCGGGGUGUCACCCUUGCCCUCAUUGGCCUGCAGGUCCCCGUUCUCCGUGUCCUGCUGUCUGCUGACCUGAAGGGCGUCCUGUACUUCUCCACCAUGGAAGAAGCAGAGAAAUACCUGAAGCAAGAACCUGGGGCUCAGCCCUACAACGUCAGCGAGGACUCUGUUCCGGAACACAAGAUCGCCCUGCUGAAGGCCUGACUGGGCCUCUGACGGGCGCGGGCAGAGGGCCUCACGGAAGGUUCUUGUCACUGUGGUGCCAGAUGCCGCCUUACGGAUGGACCUGAGAAACUUGAGCAGGUGACCCGGAGGAGGGGAAGGGAACUGGGGAUCCACAGGUGGGAUUCCUCCCUUCCCCCGGGGUGACUGAUAAAGGACCUCCCUUCUGCUGUUCCCUGUGUGUGAACGCUUUUUUGAAGAGUGGUUUGGAGAAUGGCAGAUCAUGUGAGAAAGGGAAGGGCAGGGAUUUCAGCCUGGUCUGGGAGAGGAGCCCUCUCGCCCCAGCGCCCUCCUGGAUUCCGGGGGAAGGUGGGGUAAGCGGGCACCUCGCAGCUGGGUGCCCUUUCUGAUGGCGGCGGCUGUGCUGUUGCUGGGAGGAAAACCGAGGUUUGCCAAACGAUUUAAAGUUUUAAAAAUAACUUUGCUGUUUGUGUUUUCUAAAAUUUAAAAAAAGUGAUAGCUUUGGUGUUUUUGUAAAAUUCAUAAAUGCUUAUUGUAAAAUCUACAGGACACCAUCCCCACUCCCCCUUCCACUCUGGCAAUAGAUCCAGACCCCCCCUUCCAGGACACGCACACGUGUGUACGUGAGCACGUGGGUGUGUGUUUACAGUCGUGUAAGUGGGACCAUUCCAUCCACGGUGCUCUGUGACGCACAUUUUCACGCGGUCAUUGCUGUGAAUUAUCGUUGUGCUAAUAAACAGAGAAUAUGUGGUUA